AUGCACGAUGAGACAAACUCAUUUACUAACAGUGUCUUAUCUGACAAUCCAAUGAUGAGUGAAUAAGAUGCUCAACUAAUAGUUCAAAGUUAUAAUUCAACCAUUCGUAAUUUUAUGUAUUUAUUACAGAAUCACUUGUUAAAGAGAAUGAUGUUUUACAAAAGAAACUUGACGAAUAUGUUCAAAAUGAAAAAGAAGAAGAACAAAAGUUAUAAUUAACAAAACAUUAAUAUGAAAAAUAAAUCACAAGAAUGGAAUUUUUAAAGCAACAAUAAUUAUAGAUAGAUUAGGAGAGAGAGUUGAUAUUCACUAAUUCCAUAUUUUAAUAACAAAAAUAAUUGGUUCCAAAUGAGGUAAAUUAUUUGUAUGAGUUUCUACAUCAAGAUUAAAAAUAGCCAUCUCAUACAAAUAUAAUUCAUAAUUAAGGAAUGGACACACAAAAUUCAUUAAUGCAAUUUGAUGAAGUUGUAUCUCCUAGAAUAGAAUAAAAUGAUCCUCAAUUAUUAAAAGAAUUGCAUAAAUAGAAAGAAGAGCUAGGAAAUCAAAAAAACUAAUUAAUCUCAUAAAUUUUAUAAUCAUUAGCCAAAUAUGCUGAAUUGCAAUUACAAAAAUGCUCAAAAAAGGAAUGCUAAUAAUGUCAUCUAUUAUACAACCCUAGAACAAAUUAUAUAGUAUUAAUUUAUUCUAAUAAUUAGGAUUCCUGUUUAUUUCACAGUGGAAAAUUGAAAUUUUAUUCUUGCAAAAAAUGUGGAGCGGACGAUUACUAUACUUGCUGUAAUAAGUGUAUUAGAUGUAGUGAAGGAUGUAAAACUAAUUUCCAUCAACCUAAACCAUGA